AUGGAGUGGCCCAAGAAGGAGAUCCGCUCACACGCCGCGGUAGGCUCUGGGUUAUCCGGACUUCAAGUGAAGUUGCAGGCCUACGCGGGGGAUCUCUGGACUUCAGACGGACUUGCAGGCCUACGCGGGGGAUCUCUGGACUUCAGACGAACUUACAGGCCUACGCGAGGGAUCUCUGGACUUCAGACGAACUUGCAGGCCUACGCGGGGGAUCUCUGGACUUCAGACGAACUUGCAGGCCUACGCGGGGGAUGUCCGCAUCUCCGGAUGUCUAGUGGCACGUUUUCCAACUGCAUGACGGGGAGAAGCAGGAGAUCGGACUGCAAGCCUGUGGUUGCUGCGGGUGCAUCUUCGCGUGUGGAUGAGGGAGCAGGGGAGCUGGACUCAACCCAACCUCUCAGCGAGAUCGACAUCUCCCAAGGCCCGUUACGAAGAGCUCAAGCCAGCCCAACCGACGGGUACACAAAGGUGAGCACAAGGUCAUACAACAAGGCACGGAUCGGAGUACCCCCUCCGUGA